CUUCCUUCCAACCCUCCCUCUUCCUGCAAUCAAAGAUGACCUUUCACUGGUGGACCACCUCCAUUCCAACUUCUACCUCUACCGAAUACUUAGACUCUUUACCACCUGCAUCGAAUACAGAUCCCCCAUUCGUCGCAUAGAAAAUCCCCGGAAACACCAUGGCAAGCUUCCUGCGGGGAAAACAGGCCGGUAUCCAAAAUGAUCUAUCCGCCGGCAUCCUACCAGGACUCUUCUCCCCAGACGAUCGCGCAAGAUUCGGAAUAAACUCGCAGAUUGGGUACGUAUCCCUACUACCUCAAAAGAACUGUUUGAGUAUAUACUAAUGGUGUUUUGCGAUCAGAACGUUGGCAUACGACCCGGUGCAGUCAUUAUUAGCAGUCGGUACCACCGAAAGCGCCUUUGGCGGCGGAACCAUUUACGUAUUCGGACAAGCAAGAAUACAAUACAACUUCACACUCCCUCGGCGAGCCUCCGUCAAGCAACUCCAUUUCGUCGCCGACCGCCUCAUAAGUCUAGAUUCGAAGAAUGAAAUUAUAGUAUGGGAUCUACAAUCCAAGCAGAAGCUGGCAAGCUUCAACCCACCCGGGGUGGUCACCGCACUCGUAACAGAUCCCAUGCUGGAUUGGAUCUUUACAGGAUUACAAAAUGGAGAGGUUGUGGCUUUUGAUCUGGCGUCGGAGAAGAUCUCUCCUUUGAGACUGCCAAAUUAUUGGAAGGAGAGAAGUCCAAGGUCGAGGGUUUUGUCGGUGGUUUCUAUGCAGCUUCAUCCCAGGGAUAUUGGACAGCUUUUGAUUGGGUAUACCGAGGGAAUUGUUACGUAUUCUUUCAAGAGAGCUCAACCACUUUCGUACUUUGAGUUUGACGGGAAACUUCGUCAGGUUUUUUGGCAUCCGUACGUUGAGGAGGUUUUUUCCUUUUCUUUCCAGCUUUCAUUCUUCAACCCCUUUUUUACAGUCUCUUUAAUCUCAGAAUUUUGAACAUCGUGAUCUUUUAUGUUGGGAUCUUCAGGUUCGCGCAAACUGACUCCUUCAACCUAGAACUGGAACCUUUAUUGGGUCAAUAUGGGACCACUCCACGAUGGUAUUCUUUGAUCCAAAAGACGGUCGCAUCGUAAUGAAAAGAACGGUGACUGAUGCUAAAGUUGAUCCUUCAGGGGCCACUGAAGGGCAAUUGACAAUUAUCAAAGAUGUAAAAUGGUGCUGUAAAGAAAACCCAGACGACACGGGAAUUCUGUAUGCUGGUGCUCAAGGAAUGACAUUUCUGGAAUUAGGUAAAACACAUGAGAUCUCAGUUGGCUACAUUGAUCGGACUAACUCAAUCAAUUAGGCCCUACUCCUGUUUACGCCACAUCAUCUGUAAGUUCAACGAGCUUUAUCUUGCAUUCUCACCAUUUCACCUUGUAUUAUUCUGCUCAUCUCUUUUGCCAAUACUUUGGGUCACAUACCUCGUUCUUCAUAAAUCAAAGCUAACUCUUCAAAUUUUAGUGGGAAGUCCUUGAAACCCAUCUCAAAGGAAAGAAAUCUAUUUCUUUAGCAACGCCCCCGGGCGCCGAAGUAAAAGAUUUUUGUCUGAUACCUCGUACUUCUCCUCAUUUUGAUGGAGCCCAAGACCCUAUAGCUAUUCUUGCUGUGAGUCAAGUCCUUCAUAUAGUCAUUUUGACUGCUGUCUAAAACUCAGCAAAACUUCCGUCUUUACUUCAUACUAAAAACUAACACUGGGAUCAACAGAUUCUUACAUCUGGAGAAUUAAUAACCAUGAGCUUCCCAAGUGGAUACACAAUUCCGCCCAAAGCAUUCCAUCCCUCGUUGUUCUUCGUUCAUCCAUUUGCGUUAUCGUUUCAAGUAACGCCUGUGGAUCGUGGAAGGUAAGUCGACUUCAUAGUGCAUCGUAACCCAAAUUACUCUUCAAUCAUAGACCGAGGCAAGAACUGACUCGUUUUAUAUAGAUGGCUGGGUAUGGUAGAGAGCCGACAAGAAGGCCCCAGAUUCCUCAAAGGUGGCGCAGAAGGCACUAAACCCCUAAGAAGAUAUGAGUCCCGAAAUAUUGUGCAAUCAGCACAUGGCGAUGGAACGAUUCGAAUCUUUGAUGUUGGCCAUGGUGAUGAGCUAGAAAAUAAUACUACUCUACAGGUCGACAUAUGCAGAGCUCUCGAUCGGUAUGAGGACGUCAAUAUCACUAGUAUGAGUAUGGGAAUUCAUACUGGAGAGUUUGGAGUUGGACUAGCCACUGGCGAAGUGGCGCUUUAUCACUGGGGCUCCAACAAAUUUUUUGGUCAAGAGCUAGGUGUUGAUACAGUCGCGGGAGGAAUAACAGAUAUUUCAAGUAGAGCGGAGUCAACAUUAAAAGAGGGACUGCAACCCUUUGUUCUCUACGAUAUGGCUUCUGGUCCUAUUCGUGCUCUUAAGAUGUCAGAAGUGGGAUUUGUUGGUGUUGGAUCUGAGAAUGGAGUGUUCUCUCUCAUAGACCUUCGGGGACCUACGGUAUUCUUCACCAAGUCUACCAGCGAUUUUAUCAAAGCCGAAAAGCGGAGUAGCUUCAUGAGAAAGGGUAGCAAGGAGAUCUCGGCAAAGCCAGAUUGGCCGGUUGUCAUUGAAUUUGGUGUCAUGACAUUAGAAGGUGACAAUUACUCCUCUAUUGCUUGUUUCGUCGGCACCAAUCAAGGAAAAGUGGUGACUUUCAAGAUAUUGCCCCAGGCGAAUGGUGGAUAUACUGCUCAGCUUGCUGGUGUCACGUCACUUGAUGGCAGAAUUGUUUCUAUCAAUCCUAUUGUUGCGAGCACUGGAAAACCGGCAUCGGCUACAGGAACGGCUGUUGCAGCACUUCGAGAUGGUCAACAAACAAAUGGCACUUUGGUUGUUGGUAAGUUUUCUACCCUCUCUUUGCAUCACCGUGUAAUACUAACGAACUUUAGCAACCCAAACCGAAGCCAGAAUCUUCAAACCCGCCACUGCAAAAGGCGCUCACAAAUCCUGGGACGACAUCUUCUGCGAAUCCGCUUGCGUCACCGACUUUGAAGGCCACGGCAUCUCGCUCGUAGGAGUCUUCAGCGACAAAACAACACGGGCUUACUCCCUCCCGGCUCUCAAGGAAAUUACCUCCGCCGACCUCCCCAUGCUCGAUAAAACCAUGCUCUCGUCUUCCAUAGUCACUCCCUCGGGUGGUGUGUUCGGCUGGACCGGUCCUUCGGAACUUGCUAUGCUUAAUGUAUGGGGGACGGGCCAACCACUUACUCAAUCCACAGUUGAUAAAUUAUAUAAUCCUGAUGCGUUACCGCCUACGAGACCGACUAUCUCGAAUCUGCAGUGGAUCUCAGGGACUCAAUAUGUUUCCACUACCGAUCUUGAUCUCCUCAUAGGCGGCCCGGAUAGACCACCGAGUAAGCGGAUGAUGGCGCUUGCAGCGGAGGAGGAUCGUCUUGUCCGUGCAGCUGGCGGGGCAGAUGGUUCUGCGCGAACGCCUGGAACACAGAGCUCGGAGGGAUGGGGUGAUUAUAUGACACGCCAGUUGAAUGAACGAACGCAGAAAUUGGGCAUUGUGGAGGAUAGCACGGAUAAGAUGCUUGAUAGUAGUCAGGGGUGGGCGGAUGAUGUGAAUAAGUUUGUUAAUAAGCAGAAGAGGAGUAUGCUGUUGGGUGGCAUUACUGGGAAGUUUUUCUAGGGCUGGGAUAAGGUGGGAUUUGAUGGGAGCAUGGAAAUGGGAAAAUGGGAUUGCUGGGCGUUUGGGAGGUAUGUGGGUUGCUAUCGAUGGUGUUGUGGAUUUUUCGUGCGUAGUUUCCAGACAAAGGAAAUGGGUACUUGGUGGUUAGUUAUUAUAGAAUACCAAUUUCAAUUUUUUUUCUUUUCG